AUGCAUUCUAAAGAAACUACAAAUCUAGAUUUAUUGAUUGCUAAUCUUCAGCCGAAUAGUAAUGAGAACUGUGUUUUAAUUACAACAGGUGCACUAAAUCCUAUUCAUAAAACUCAUAUAUUAAAUUUGAUUCAAACAAAGAGUUACCUCGAACGAUCUCCGCAUAAUUUUAAUGUAUUAGCCGGCUAUUUAUCACCAACGCACGAUAACUAUGUAGCUGAAAAGCUGUUUAACAAGCACAUACAAGCAGAACAUCGAAUUGCCAUGUGUAAUGAAGCAGUUAAGGAAGCAAAACAGGAACACUGGAUUAGUGUUGAUCGGGCUGAAUGUAUGGCGACUAAAUUCAUCGAUUUUCCCGAAGUAUGCGAACAGCUCUUUGUUUUUUUAAACGAUAAACUUGUGAAACAACAGAAAUUACUCCAGAAAGCAGUACGUGUUAUAUAUGUCUGCGGUCUCGACCAUUUUAAUAAAUGUGGUAAUAUAGAUAGAUUAGCGAGAGAUGAAUUAGGAAUUGCUGUAAUUCAUCGACAGAAUUCGAACGAAAAAUAUAUUAAUGGCGCAAAUGCUGAUCCGAAUAUUUUUUAUGUUUCAAAGAUGGAUAGUAAACAAAAUGUAGAAGACGUUAGUUCGUCAUUAAUCAGGCAACGGCUUCAACAGGGACAGUCAUGCGAUCAUCUGACAUAUCAAUCAGUUUUAAAAUACUUAAAAGUGAAUAAACUGUAA